CGAUCUCAUCGAGCUCGGCUGAACAUCUGCGGAUCCCGCGCUCACUCGCUUCCUGAUAUGGUACCCUCGUAUAUUAGCCGACUAAUAUAGUCCUGUUCUCGUCUGCUUCUUUCCACUUUUUGGUCUUUUUGGUUAUCGAAAGUCUUGUGGCAGAUAGCGACGUGAAUCUUUCUCCUCGCUGCACAAAUGCGGCAACUUGUCCGAGCUUAUGCAGGGUGGCGGUUAAAGUCGGGCGCUUAAAUUCAAAGGCAGCUGUUCUAGCGCUUAGGCGGGGCAAGCGAGAAACCUAUAUUAACCUCCUCUACCCGCUCUUCCCCACCACCCUUUUUCUUCUCCUUCUCCCCCUCCUCCUCGCAAUCCCUCUUUCACCACAACAAUGUACUCAAUUAGUUCCACCUUUGACGCGGAGGACACCUCCAACAAGCUGCACACUCUUGUGUCGCCCAACGGUCUCGUUUCCGCCAGCUUCGCCAACCGCGGUCUUGCCUUGGUUUCCUUUGGCGUCAAGCGCGAUCCCAGUGAUCCCUCUUUCCACAACAUCUCUUGCGGCUUCGAGUCCGGCGAGGGAUACCGCCGUAAGGAUAACCCGUUCUUUGGUGCCUUCAUUGGACGCGUUGCGAACCGCAUUCGCGACGGACACUUCGAGCUUGACGGCGUUGAUUACCAGCUGGUUAAGAACAACUUCGGCCACUGCCUCCACGGAGGCGCCCACGGCUACGACAAGGUUGUCUUUGCCGAUCCCGAGGUUCUCCCCGCUCCCUCUACGACUGCAUCCCCCAAAUUGAAGUUUUCCUAUGUCUCUCCUCAUAUGGAAGAGGGCUUUCCUGGUGAAAUCACCCUCUCCGUGACUUACUGGUUAGAGGACGAAUCAGCCGGCGGUGCUCUCUACGUCGACUACGACGCCUCCCUUACCGGGCCCGACGGAAUCGCCCACGCGGUCGUUAACCUCACGAAUCACUCUUACUUCAACAUCGGAAACGAAAAGACAAUUGCCGGAACUGAGGUCACUCUCGGCACAAACAAGUAUCUCGAAGUCACCGAUACCUUUGUCCCUACCGGUAAAAUUGUCCCGCAUCCAUUAGUGCCCGAGGAUUGCUCCAAGUUCACUCUUGGUCCCGUCGACCCUGAUAUCGAUCACUGCUUCGUCUUUCCUGACGUUCCCGAUCUCUUGGCUACCGAUACUCGCUCUUUCCCAAUGAAAACUAUGGCUGAGACUUACCACCCCGUCACUGGCAUCCAUUUCGCCGGAAGCACCACCGACCCGGCAUACCAAUUCUACACCGGUCGCUACAUCAACGUUGCUGAUCUCUACCCGGCUCGAUCUGGAUUUUGUCUGGAGAGCUCCCGUUACGUUGACGCCAUGAACAUCGAUGAAUGGAAAAAGAUGGUCACUAUCGGCAAGGAUGACAAGUACGGAUGCCUCACGAAGUUCUCCCUUCAUUAUUAAAAACAAUCACUACACGGAAGUAAUUAUUUGGCUUGCAUCAUAU